UGACUGUCAGCAUGUCGUUUCCUAAAGCGCCCCUGAAACGAUUCAACGACCCUUCUGGCUGUGCUCCUUCCCCAGGCGCUUAUGAUGUUAAAACUGCAGAAGCAUCGAAAGGACCUGUAUCUUUUCAGAAAUCAAGCCGAUUUAAAAAACAAAAGGAAGCUCAACAAAAUCUUAAUUGUGACAAAGAUACUACCGUACCUGCUUCAGCAAAAAAAGCAAAGACUUUCAGAUUAAAGAAAGAUUCUCAAAAAUCUGAUAAAGAUCUGAAGAUACUGGAAAAGGAGAUUCGUGUCCUUGUGCAAGAACGUGGUAUUCAGGACAAGCGGAUCCAGGAUCUGGAAGCUGAGUUUGAGAAGAUGGAAGCAAAGCUGAAUGCUGCUGUCAGGGAAAAAACCUCUCUUUCUGCAAAUAAUGCUUCAUUGGAAAAACAGCUUAUUGAAUUAACCAAGACUAAUGAACUUCUAAAAUCUAAGUUUUCUGAAGAUGGUAACCAGAAGAACAUGAGAAUUCUAAGCCUAGAGUUGAUGAAACUAAGAAAUAAAAGAGAAAUAAAGAUGAAGAGUAUGAUGGCUAAACAAGAAGAUAUGGAGAUGAAGCUUCAUGUUACCCAGAAGAAUCUCCAAGAAUCUCAGGGGAAGAUAACACAACUUGAGGGGAAAUUGGUUUCUAUAGAGAAAGAAAAGAUUGAUGAAAAAUCUGAAACAGUGAAACUUUUAGAAUACAUUGAAGAAAUUAGUUCUGCAUCAGAUCAAGUGGAAAAAUACAAGAUAGAUAUUACCCAGUUAGAAGAAAAUUUAAAGGGGAAGAAUCAUGAAAUUUUAAGCUUAAAGCAAUCUCUGGAGGAAAAUGCUGAUAUGUUGUCUAAACAAAUACAAGACCUGAAUGCUAGAUGUCAACUGCUUGAAAAUGAAAAAGAAGGCCUUGUCAUCAGCAACAAAAAACAAGUUGAAAACCUAACUGCUGAGCUACAAAGUUUAAAAGAGAAGUUUAUUUUUGAAAGUCAAGAACAUGAAAAGUUACAACAAAAGGAAUUACAAGUUGGUUUAUUUCUGCAACAAGAAAAGGAAUUAUCUUCUAGUCUUCAGCAGAAGCUAUGUUCUUUUCAAGAGGAAAUGAUUAAAGAGAGAAGUCUCUUUGAGGAAGAAUUAAAGCAAGCGCUGGAAGAGUUAGAUAAAUUACAACAAAAAGAGGAACAAGCUGAAAGACUCCUCAAGCAGCUAGAAGAGGAAACAAAGUCUAAAGCUGAGGAACUAAAAUUCCUACAAGAGAAGCUAAAAGGCUAUAAAGGAUUAAGCAGUGAAAUAGAAGGUCUUAAGCUGGAGAAGUCUUCAUUACAGGAAAAAGUAGCCAAGGCUGAAAAAAGUGCAGAGGAAGUUCAACAUCAGAUCCUGGCAACUGAGAAUGCAAAUCAAGAAUAUACAAGGAUGAUUCUAGAUCUGCAGACCAAAUCAGCACUUAAAGAAGCAGAACUUAAAGAAGUGACCGUUACGUCUCUUAAAAAAAUAACUGAAUUGCAGAACCAACUCAAGCAACAAGAUGAAGACUUUAAGAAACAGUUGGAAGAAGAAGUAAGAAAAGCUGAGAAAGAAAAUACAAUAGUAGAACUAACUGAGGAAAUUAAAAAGUGGCGUCUCCUCUAUGAAGAACUAUAUAAUAAAACAAAACCUUUCCAGCUACAACUGGAUGCGUUUGAAGCAGAGAAACAGGCUUUGUUGAAUGAGCAUGGUGCAGCUCAGGACCAACUGAAUAAACUAAGUGAUUCGUAUGCUAAAUUACUGGGUCAUCAGAAUCUAAAGCAAAAAAUCAAGCAUGUUGUGAAAUUGAAAGAUGAAAAUAGCCAGCUCAAAUCGGAAGUAUCAAAACUCCGCUCUCAGCUUGCUAAAAGAAAACAAAAUGAGACAAAACUUCAGGAAGAAUUGAAUAAAGCUCUUGGUAUCAAGCAAUUUGAUCCUUCAAAGGCUUUUCAUCAUGAAAGUAAAGAAAAUUUUGCCCUCAAAACCCCACUAAAGGAAGGCAAUACAAACUGCUAUUGA